AUGACCACGGAGGACGAGAUCAUCCGCAUCGCCAAGAAGAUGGACAAGAUGGUGCAGAAGAAGAACGCGGCUGGAGCUCUUGAUUUAUUGAAGGAGCUUAAAAAUAUUCCCAUGACCCUUGAGUUGUUACAGUCUACCAGAAUUGGAAUGUCGGUGAAUGCCAUACGCAAGCAAAGCACAGAUGAAGAAGUUACAUCUUUAGCAAAAUCUCUCAUCAAGUCUUGGAAGAAACUGUUAGAUGGGCCUUCAACUGAUAAAGAUUCUGAAGAAAAGAAAAAGGAGCCUGCAUCUUCCUCACAAAACAGCCCUGAAGCAAGAGAAGAAAGCAGUUCAAGUAGCAAUUCCAGCAGCAGGAAGGAGGAGGGUAGUGCUCCCUCAAAUUCCUUCAUCCCUUCUUUUCCUCGGGCUCCAAGCACUUCGGAUUCUGUACGAGUGAAAUGUAGAGAAAUGCUCUCUGCUGCUCUAAGAACAGGAGAUGAUUACAUUGCUAUUGGUGCUGAUGAGGAAGAGCUGGGUUCUCAGAUUGAAGAAGCUAUUUUUCAAGAAUUAAAAAACACGGAUAUGAAAUACAAAAAUAGGGUACGAAGUAGAAUAGCGAAUCUCAAAGAUGCAAAGAAUCCGAACCUAAGGAAAAAUGUGUUAUGUGGGAACAUUCCUCCUGACAAGUUUGCCAAAAUGACAGCAGAGGAAAUGGCAAGUGAUGAGCUGAAAGAAAUGCGCAAAAAUCUGACCAAAGAAGCUAUCAGAGAGCACCAGAUGGCUAAAACAGGAGGUACCCAAACUGAUCUGUUUACGUGCGGCAAGUGCAAAAAGAAGAACUGUACAUACACCCAGGUUCAAACCCGCAGUGCUGAUGAACCCAUGACAACGUUUGUUGUCUGUAACGAAUGUGGAAACAGAUGGAAGUUCUGUUAGAAGAAGAAAUUGUCAAGACAUCUGGACCAGUAUGAAAGAGGAUUUUGUAAUUAGCUUUAAAAAUCUAGGCUAAGCAUCUAGCUUCCUGCAACUGAGAGGUUUUUUGGGGUUUUGUUUUUUGUUGGUUUGUGUUUUUUUUUUUUUUUAAAGCAGCAUAGAUGCCUGAAGUUAGCCUUUGUUUUGACACAACCAUCAUUUCCUUAAAUGCCUUCCUAUAGCUGAUAGUCAGUAGGGCCAGGUUGCUCAAUUGUAAUGGUGAAUGUUAAAAUAUUUUUUCAUUUUUAUAAGUAAGUUGACAUUAAACUUUUACCAAUUAAUCAUUUUGGUAAUUUGCUUGGUUUUUUUCUAACUAUGUGAAUGAUGUACUGUAUCUUUUGCAGUCUGCAGUAUACAUGGUACUCCCAUAUGUGUUUUACCUCUCCACAUUUGUUCAGUUGUAAGGAUGGAAACUGUUUCUUGCUGCCGUGUUAACUAUUUUUGCAAAUAGAAAAGGUAUCUAAUUUCAUUUAAUUGCCUUAAACUCAGUUUUUAACUAAAUCACA